AUGAGAGAGAUAAGAGAAGGUGAGGGAUCGGAAGCGGACUUGGCCACCGACAACGGCGAUGGGGGUUUGCUGGGUUAUGCGAUGACAGGUUUGCUGGGUUGUGCGAUGGGUCUUUGCAAAGGGAUGGGUUCUGCGACAGGGUGUAUCUGCAAGAGGAAUGAAUUUUCGAUGGGGUGGGGCUUGAUAUUAGAUGGGGUGGGGUUUGAUUUCAGAUGGGGUGUGUUGAAAGGGAAGGGGGUUUUCGAUGGGUGGUGUCUGAUAUUGAAUGGGGUUUACACAGUGAGUUAG